UUAAGUGUCAGAUAAAAUAAGAACACGAGGCUGAAAGUGAAACUGUUGAAGCUGAACAAUUUCAACUCCGUAGAAUUUAAGAACGUUCAAGAUAUCUAAUACGAAAAUUCCUCACAAGUCACAUUAAAACAGGAUAAUUCCUUGAAGAUGGGGCACCCAUCCAAACCUGUGCAACAGACAUCCAGACCAUUGCAGGUGGUGUUACUUGGUAAAACAGGAGCAGGGAAGAGUGCCGCAGGAAACACCAUCCUGGGACGAAAAGAUUUUGUCUCAAAGAAGAGUUCCAAAUCAGUGACUGCUGAUAUUGAGAAACAAAAUUCCACCAUUGAAGGAACAGAUCUUGUCGUGUAUGACACUCCAGGAUUCUGUGACCCCGACCGAUCUGAAGAGCAAAUUCAGGAGAAAUUCCAGGAUGUCCUCAAGUUAACCUCAUCUGGUCCCCGUGUGUUUCUCCUGGUGGUGAAGACAGACAGAUUAACAGAAGAAGAGAAGAGGGUCAUCAGUAAAGUAGAAGGUCUUCUAGGAGAGAGUCUUUUGAAGCAAACCUGGAUCCUGUUCACCAGAGGAGAUGAGUUGGAAGACCAGACUAUAGAAGAAUUCAUUAAGGAGUCAGAUGACCUCUCAGAAGUGAUGAGAAAAUAUGGUGGACGAUACCAUGUGUUCAACAACAAGAGUGAGGAUCCUGAGCAGGUCAAAUCACUGCUGGAAAAGACAUCUCCAUGUCUCAAUUCAACAGUUUCAAGGAGCUCCUCCAUCAGGAAUCUCCCAGAGAGAAGGAUUGUUCUGCUUGGAAAAACCGGUGUUGGGAAGAGUGCAACAGGAAACACCAUCUUUGGUGGGAGAAGUUUCCAUUCUGAACUGAACUUGUCCUCAGUAACACGUAAAACAGAAAUGAAACAGGCAGCAGUAGAUGGGAGGGAUGUCCGUGUGGUUGAUCCUCCAGGACUGUUUGACACACAGCUUACUGCUGAAGAAUUAACAGAGGAGAUUGGUAGGAGCAUCUAUGAGUCUAGUCCAGGGCCUCAUGCCUUCCUCAUAGUGUUGCGAGUCAAUGACAGGUUCACAGAGCAGGAGAAAAAAGCUAUUGAAAUUCUAGAGAGUGUGUUUGGGUCGGGACUUGCAAAGCAUGCCAUCAUCCUCUUCACCCAUGGAGAUGCAUUAGAGGGUAACAGUCUAGAGAAGCUGAUUAGUGGGAACAGUGACCUCAGUAGAUUGGUAGAGCAGUGUGGGGGGAGGUACCAUGUCCUCAACAAUAAAGCUAGAGGAAGCAGAGAUCAGGUCACAGAGCUGAUGGAGAAGAUAGACAGAAUGGUGGAGGAGAAUGGAGGAACCUGCUACACCAAUGAGAUGUUUGAGGAGGCAGCCAGGAUUAAGGAGGAGGAGGAGAGGAUCCAGAAGGAGGAGGAGGAGAGGAUCCAGAAGGAGAGAGAUGAGAGAGGAUCGAGAGGGUAUCCAGAAGGGAUCCAAAAGGAGAUAAAAGAGGAAAAGGGUUUUAGUGUGUUUUUAAAGAAACACUGGAAAAUUAUUGUGCCCUGCGCACUGAUACUUUGCGGUUGUGGUGCGCUCGUAGGCAUUUGGGCUGUUGGUGGUUUUGCUACUGCUGGUUCUGCUGUUGUUGCUGCUCCUAUUACUACUGCUGUUGUUGCUGCUCCUAUUACUACUGCUGUUGUUGCUGCUCCUAGUACUACUGCUGUUGUGCUUAGUGGUGUUGCUGGUGCCACUGUUGGUGCCACUGUUGGUGCUGCUGUUCCUGCUAUUGUGUAUGUUUUUAAAGGGUAAAGCACCAUAAAAUUCAGUAAAUCGUUAGCUUGCUACAAUAAAAGGUUUGAAAGUCA